AUGGUGCGCUCGCCUGACCUCCUGGCGGCCCUCCUGGGCCUGGGCCUGGGGGCAGUCCUGACCCUCCCGGGGGCGGGCGCGGCGGGCUGCAGGGCCCUCGGCCCGGCGGACCGCCUGGUUUUCGCCCCGGCGGCCAAGGCCCGCUGGCUGCCCCCUCGCGUCCGCGCCCCGGGACCCCUGGACUCACUGUACGGCACCGUGCGCGGCUUCCUCUCCGUGGUGCAGCUCAACCCCUUCCCCGCGGAGCUGAUAAAGACCCUGCUGAAUGAGCCGGCCUCUGUGAAGGUGGAUGAGGUGGUGCGGUACCAGGCCGGCUACGUGGUGUGCGCUGUGAUCGCCGGCCUCUACCUGCUGGCCAUGCCCGCCGCCGGGCUCUGCUUCUGCUGUCUGCGCUGCCGCCGGCGCUGCGGGGGUCGAGUGAAGAUGGAGCACAGGACGAUGGCCUGCGAGCGUGCUGUCCUCGUGACGUUCCUGCUGCUGACCACCCUCGUGCUGCUGAUCGGCGUGGUCACUGCCUUUGUCACCAACCAGCACAUGCACGAGCAGAUGGGCCCCAGUGCCGAGGCUGUGCCGGAGACCCUGCUCAGCCUCCGGGGCCUGGUUUCCGAGGUCCCCCUGGAGCUGCAGGCCGUGGCAGAGCAGUUUUCCCUUCCUCAGGAGCAAGUCUUGGAGGAACUUAAUGACAUCGGUAGCAGCAUUGGGACGGCGAUCCACUCCCAGCUCAAGAGCACCGUGUAUGAGGCGCUGGCCUCAGUGCUCAGCCUGGGACAGGCCCUGCAGGUCUCCGUGGACCACCUCCGAGGCCUGAACGCCACCUCUGUGGAGCUGCAGGAGGGGCAGGAGGCCCUGGCACCGGCUCUCCAUGGGCACCGGCAGCGCCUCCUGGCACUACUGCAGGAGCCCCACUGCCAGGGCUGUGCAGGGGCCCUGGACAAAAGCCACAGCCUGGAGCUGGGAGCAGACUUCAGCCAGGUGCCCUCCGUGGACCACGUCCUACAUCGGCUGGAAGGCGUCCCAGAGGCCAACUUCUACAGCAUGGUCUGGGAGGAGAACACCACCUUCAACGCCCUCCCGAUCCUGGCUGCCUUGCAGAUGGCCGGCACGGUCAGAGAGCUGAAGAAGGUGGUGGCCGAGCAGCCCAGAGAGCUAAACACAAUGGGAGAAGCGUUCCCAGUCUGGGAGGCAGCUUCUCGCUGGAGCCAGGCGCUGGAGGAGGUCGAAGAGCGCAGCCGCCCCUUCUUGGAGGAAGUGCAGAGAUAUGAGAGAUACAGGUGGAUUGCAGGUUGUGUGCUGAGCUCUGUGGUCCUGCUUGUGGUGGUCUGUAACCUGGUGGGCCUCAACCUGGGCAUCUGGGGGCUAUCUGCCAGAGAGGACCCCAGCCACUCGGAAGCCAAGGGUGAAGCCGGAGCCCGCUUCCUCAUGGUGGGUGUGGGCUUCAGCUUCCUCUGUGCUGUGCCCCUCAUCCUCCUCGUCUUCUCCACCUUCCUGGUGGGCGGCAACGUGCAGACGCUGGUGUGCCAGAGCUGGGAGAGCGGAGAGCUGUACGAGUUUGUAGACGCUCCAGGGAACUUGCCACCAUCCGUGAACUUGUCCCAACUUCUUGGCCUGAAGAAGAACCUCAGCAUCCUCCUGGCCUAUGGGCAGUGCAAGCAAGGGGCCGUGCUCUGGACCGUCCUGCAGCUCAAUGACUCCUACGACCUGGAGAAGCACCUGGAUAUCAGCCAGUACACCGUCAAGCUGCAGCAGGAGUUGCAGAAGCUCAAAGUGGACGUGAAGAAUCUGGACCUGCUGAGCCCAGCCGCCCGUCGGGAUCUGGAGGCUCUGCAGAGCAGUGGGCUCGAGGGCAUUCACUACCCUGGCUUCCUUGCUGAGAUCCAGAAGCCAGUGGUGAAUAGUGACGUGGAGAAGCUGGUCCAGGAGCUGGAGGGACUGUCCCAGACCCAAGGCAAUGCUACGCUGGGGCAGAAGCUGCAGGAAGAGGCCCGAGGGCUCCAACACCUCCAUCAGGAGAAGAUCCUCCCACAGCAGAACCUUGUGGCUAAACUCAACCGCAGUGUCCAGGCACUGGCAUCCUCUGCCCCACAUCUCCAGUCAGAGAUCUCAGGUGUCCUGGACAGAGUCACUCACCUGAAAGGAGAGCUGCCGACCCGGGCCACCCAUAUCCUGAGGAGUGAAAGUGAGUGUUUCCUGAAGCGGGAGAUGGGCUACUUCUCCCAGUACAUGGCCUGGGUGAGAGAGGAGGUGACUCAGCGCAUUGCCACCUGCCAGCCCCUCUCCGCAGCCCUGGACAGUGGCCGUGUGAUCCUGUGUGACAUGGUGGCUGACCCCUGGAACGCCUUCUGGUUCUGCCUGGGGUGGUGCACCUUUUUCCUGAUUCCCAGCAUCGUCUUUGCUAUCAAGACCUCCAAGUACUUCCGUCCCAUCCGGAAACGCCUCAGCUCCACCAGCUCCGAGGAGACACAGCUCUUCCACAUCCCCCGGGUCACCUCCCUGAAGCUCUAG